AUGGAAAUUAUUGAUUUGCAAGAAGAUAUCUCAUUGCAAAUGAAUAAAACUUCGUCUACUGAAGAUUUUUGGAUAAAGCAUGUCUUGGAUAAAUACAUGAACUGUAAAACCCUUGCCAUAAAAUUAGCUACUAUGUUUGGCUCCACUUUUGUAUGUGAAACUUCGUUUUCAAAAAUGACAUUUUUAAAAAACCGAUACCGUUCAAGAUUAACAGAUCACCACCUUGAAAACACUUUACGCAUCAGUUGUUCUCCAAGAGUACCAGAUUUUAAAAAAUUAGCUCAAGGAAAGAAAUGUCAUUUUUCUCAUUAA